AAAAAUCCAUAAAAAUACUAGCACCCAAUUAGGUGGACCUUGGGCCGACCCGAUUCGAGUCCGUCGCCCAGCACCGCCGCAAGCAGCGAAUGAAACCCAGCUCAGUACAACGAGCCCAAUGCUCCACAAACGAUGGAAUGAAACCCAAAUCCAAUAUUCGUUCGACGAUCGACGACGAGGGAGUGACGGAAUCUGCGAGAUCUCAAGUUCGAAGGACCGCAGAAAUCGCCUGGAACAAACAAGCUUGCGAACUUGAUUCGAACGAAACCAGUUCCUUCACGCUAUGGUGCUGCAAAAUUUUUCAACAUACGGGAAUUUGCUUCUUCAGGUCGUACUGUCUCUCUCGCUUUCUGUUUUUCUCAUCUUCUUCAGAAUCCCAACCCUUUUCCUCCAUGGCAUAUUUACUUAUAUUCACCCAGAUAACGCCAGCAGUGGCGUCCGCGCCGCAAUUAGAAGACCUGAAAAUUCUGGCUCCGGUUCUGGACUAGAUGGGUACCGAAACUUGUCCUCAAAUACUGCUUCUGAGAUCAGGAAAAGAACAAAGUCGAAGGACAAGGUUGAGUUUGACGAAAGCAAAGCGCAGAUCUUCAGGUUAAAGCUGGAUGAGAAUCAUCUGCAAACGCGGAUCUAUUUCAAAGAAUACAGAGAUGGUUUCACUUUUACGUUCGUGGGUAUUUCUUGUUUACUACUGCAAAGUUUCUUGGGUGUAUCUAAAAGUUCUGGGAUUUGGGGAAAUGGGAUUUCCGUCCCUCUACUGUUUUCGAUCUUCGCUGGAUGUAAGCUGUUUAUAACGCUCGCAAAGGUUGCUAUGGAGAAAUCUGCGUCAAGGACGUUGGAUAGGCAAUUGAGCUUACUGUUUGGAGUCUCUGGGCUUCUUUUUGGACUUCUAACUUGUUCUGCUCUUACCCCUCUAAUAUUGGAUUUUAAUCUUGGUGAGAUUGGUGGUCCGGGGGCAUGUUUCGUUGCUAUCUUAAUGGGCUGUUUUGCGGGGUUUUUGUUUAUACCUGCAACAAAAAUCGCUCGAUCAUUUUGGCUUGGAACCGAUCAAAUUAGAUGCAAUUUGGAAAUGGUUUAUUGUGGAUGGUUCUCUCGGAUGAUUUUGUACGCAAGCCAAAUGGCCAUGGCUUUCACCACUUUGCUUUGGGUUAACCCAUUAACUGAAAUUUUCAUUAACAAGAAUAUUGGCGAAAGUGCAAGUGAACAUACGUUCAGUGAAAUCCGAAAUGCUGACAGAUUGGUAGGAAAUAUGGGAUUUUCAAAGCCGGAUUUUGUUAAGCUCAGGCUUUGGUGUUUGUCACUGUCUGGUCUCUUGCAGAUCAUCGCUGUAAGGUCAAACUUACAAAUGUUUCUAAACGAAGCUCUGUUAUCGUGGUACCAAAGACUACAUGCUGGGAAGGUUCCAGACUUGGAUUUCAGUAGAGCAAAAGUUUUUCUGCACAAUCACUACUUAUGUGUGUCUGCCUUGCAGUUUUUUGCUCCACCAGCCUUAGUUUCACUUUUUGUUGGGUUAUCUCAAAUUGAUGUCAACUCUUUGGAAAAUACCCCUUUGGUAAGUUUUUUACUUCCCUGCUCUUCUUUUGUCAAACAAGUGCCUCUGUUAAUGGCUUGGUGGACUGUCUCGCUAAUGACUGUUUAUACAUCGGCCAUCAUUGUGCUAUAUCGUCGUGGCACGUUGUAUAUUUCUUGAUGUGAAAUAUGUGUCUUUAUUUUUUGCCCUCCGGAAUUUGGUCCAUUGAGUUCGGACUGCUGUAAGAUUUUGAGUGAAAUGAGAACAGCAAUUUGGUUGUAGCCAUGAAAAUAUCCAUAUUGUACUCUUGAACUUCCAUGAUUCAUUUUAUAUAAACUAAUGCUGAUCGACGGAUCAAAUUUUACAUGGGUUUUA